AACUGAAGUUUCCGGAUGUGCCGCAUUAUAAAUGGAGGGCACCAGUCAGGUGGUCAGUCUGAGUCUGACACACUCACACCAACGAGACGAGACGUGUCGAGAUGUCUGCCAUGGGCCUCCUGCUGCUGGCCGUCACCUUCGUUUGCCUCUCAGGUGAGUGAGGAGCUGACGCCAGUCCUGACCAGCGGGGUGGCCGUCCCUCCACUUGUUGAAGAGCCGGACUGUGACAAGUAUGACAUGGCUCAUGGCUGCCCACGGCUUUGGGCCCCUGUGUGUGGCACCAACGGCCGAAGCUAUGACAAUGAGUGUUUCCUCUGUUCGGACAUGCUAGAAAAGAAAACUCCGAUCUUCAUCACAAAAAGAGAACUCUGUGAGUCGUCGGGCGAACACCUGUUUAUUGACUGAUCUCCACCCCACGGACCACCACCUCACCAGCUCCCCUCUGAUCCACUGCAGCCCCUGUGAACCUUCCAAAUCCGAAAUAAACAUUUACUGAUGGCAUCAAA